UCACCCGUCUCCCUGACACCCUCAGCUCAGUUCGAGACCACUUCCUUGCUCGCUGUCCCACUGAGCUCACAGUCCCCCUCCUAGAGGAGCAGCUGCUCGCGGCCGAAAAGAGCAUUGUAGCUGUCGGUGCUGCUCGUGGCGCUCCUCGCACCCCCAUCUUUGAGGGGUGUUCUCCCUCUCCCCUCGCUCCCUCCUAUGCUACUGCUGCUGCUGUUGACUUCCUUGGUGCUGAGUCUGCUUCUGCUCCUGGUGGGAGGCGCCGCACCGGCAAGGGCAAGGGGGGCAAGGGUGGUGGCUGUGGCGCUGGGGGGGGCGGAGGUGGGGAGGUGGGGGGGGAGCGGGGGAGGGAGCGGUUGUGGAGGGAGCGGUGGCGGGAGUGUCUGGUGGGAGUGGGGUCGGCAGCGGAGGCGGGGGCGGCGGAGGGAGCGGUGGCGGUGGUGGCGGCGGCGGCGGUGGCGGCGGUGGCGGCGGUGGCGGCGGUGGCGGUGGCGGGGGGUAGUGGUGUGGCGGAGGUCGAAGUGGAGGCACUGCUCGGGCCAGAGCUCCAGCCGAGCAGCAGCGUCCCCAGACGACCCAGCAGCUUCACGUGUGGGAGGUUCCACACCCCGUACCGCUGCUUCUCCCGCCUUGACGACGCUUGGCGUGAGGAGAUGGGUGAGGAUGUUGAGCGCCCCCGCUGGGCUGAGCUCAUGAGGGCUGGUGUUGAUGUCUUUGCUCUUGACUAUGAUGCUAUUAUUGCUGCCAUGUAUGCAUUGACUGUUAGUGCCGAGGGAGACUGUUACUUGUGUGUGCCGCCUGAUCCAGGUAUAGAGCCCGCUGCCCUGGGUACUAGUGAGUCUGCUCUCUCUGGUAUGGUGCCCCCUGUACUUGCUCCCUCCAGUACUGUCCCGGCUGUUUGCGAGUCUGCUCUCUCAGGUACAGCACCCACAGAGACUGCUCUCUCAGGUACCGCACUGGCUGAGGCCUGUCACACCUUCACCCUUGACUCAGUCCUUGCCCAGUCCACCACUGUACUCCCUUGUCCGGCGGUUCCGUCUGGCUCGUUGUCGGGUUUCCACCUCCCCUCGUUCUCGACGAACCUGGUGAGCAACGCUGUCAUCCAGGAUCAGUGGGUUGACACCUUUACCCCUGGAGGACAGCGUGUGGCGAUCUGCACGUGCUCCAGGACCGGCCGUCACCUGGCUACGUUUACCCGUCGGCCGGGGUCGAGUCUCUACACACUGACCACUGCGUCUCCUCAGGUCGCUGCUGUCGGUCAGGUGUCUGCGUCUGGUCUGGUGGCCCACGCCUGUGAGUGUCGUUCCCUGUCGCACCAGACUCUUCUCUGGCACCACCGCCUGGGUCACCCCUCCUUGCCACGCCUUCGUGGCAUGCACCGUCGCCACCUUGUGUCUGGUCUUCCCAGGUCCCUCCCUCCCCUCCCUGCCUCGCCUGCGCCGCCUUGCCUUCCUUGCGUCGAGGGGCGGCAGCGCGCCGCUCCUCACUCCUCCUCGUUCCCCCCGACAGAGGCUCCUCUGCAGACCCUCCACCUGGACGUGUGGGGCCCAGCCCGCGUUCGUGGUCAGGGCGGUGAGCGGUACUUUUUGCUGGUUGUUGACGACUACUCGCGUUACACCACGGUCUUCCCCUUGCGCACCAAGGGUGAGGUCCCUGCUGUUCUGAUCCCUUGGAUCCGCACAGUUCGUCUCCAGCUCCGCCGCCGUUUCCGGACGGAUCUUCCUGUCCUGCGUCUGCACUCUGACAGAGGUGGUGAGUUUACCUCCGACCUCUUGAGGACCUUCUGUCAGGCGGAGGGCAUCGAGCAGACCUUCACGCUUCCGGACUCCCCACAGCAGAAUGGGGUUGCUGAGCGCCGCAUUGGCCUGGUCAUGGAGGUCGCUCGUACCUCCUUGGUCCACGCGGCGGCUCCCCAUUUUCUGUGGCCGUUUGCUGUCCGGUACGCGGCGCAUCAGCUCAACCUCUGGCCCCGUGUCUCCUUGCCGGAGACCUCGCCCACACUGCGUUGGACGGGGGAGGUUGGCGAUGCGUCGCGCUUCCGGGUGUGGGGUGCUCGUGCCCUUGUCCGCGAUACGUCCGCGGACAAGCUCUCCUCCCGCACGCUUCCCUGUGUCUUCCUUGGCUUUGUCCCUGACGCGCCUGGCUGGCAGUUUUACCACCCCACCUCGCGCCGGGUCUUCGCCUCUCAGGAUGUCACCUUUGACGAGUCGGUCCCUUUUUACCGUCUCUUCCCCUACCGCACUGCCCCCCUCCCUCCCCCGCCGCUGUUCCUUGCUCCUGGUCCCCCUCCGGUAGACCCCCUCCCCCCUCAGGGUCCUGCUCCUUCAGGUGUCUCUCAGGUAGACCCUCCUCCCGUCGCUGAGCCUGUCGAGGUCACAGGUGACUCAGGUGCUGCUGCGGGUGGUGCUGCUGGGAGUGCUGAGCCUGCGGGUGCUGGGCCUGGGAGUGCUGGGACUGCGGGUGCUGGGGCUGAGGGUACUGUGCCUGAGAGUUUGCCGCCUGGGGGUGCUGAGCCUGGGGGUGCUGCGACUGGGGGUGCUGAGCCUCCGUGUACGGAGUCUGGGGGUGCUGAGCCUGCGGGUACUGAGCCUGGGGGUACUGCUACUGAGCCUACGGAGCCUCGGGUUGCUGCGUCUGGGGGUGCUCCGGUUCGGGGUGCUGAGCAGUCUCUCACACCGCAGCAGCUUCGUGACUGGUACGUCCGGCGCUUUCGCCGUCCUCGUGGCUCGGCUGGAGUUGGGGGUGCUGGAGCUGCUCGUCCUGGGGGUGCUCGUACUGGGGGUACUGGAGCUGCCGGGACUGGUUGUUCUGGGAGCACUACGACUGGAGCUGCUGGAGCUGGGGACUCUGGCGCUGGCGGUGCUAGCGGAGUUGGAGCUGCCGACUCUGGGGGUGCUCUUCCUAGCGGUGCUGCGGACCCUGGGGGUGGCGCUGCUGCUGGUGCUGCGGACCCGCCAGGCGCCACGUGA